AUGGCUGCGUGGUUGAAAGAAAUCAGCGAUGAAGGUCGUGAAAGUUCAGAGCCGAAAUUUCCAUGGAAGUCGCCGUUCACUUCGAGAAACCCGGAUUUAUAUUUUCGUGACGGUAAACGUCGGAUCGACUAUGUUCUGGUCUACAGCAAGUCAGAUUCCAAAUGGCACCAUAUACGCCAAUCGUUCUUGCGUAGUUUGGCUGUAAACAUGGUCGAAAUUGAGGUGGAGGAUUGUUUCGGCAAAUUGCUUGGUGCAACCAGUACAUCUCGACCGGAAAAGGCGAUCAAAAAACAAACUGCGCUGACAACAGCUGCUUUACCACCGGAAGUAGUGGGUCCGACUCCACCCAAACACGGAACGAUGAAACACGAGACGACUCAGGGACCACCCUCGUCCAUGGAUAGUUAUCGGAUUGAAGCUCAAAGUGCGGAUUAG